CAUCCUCCCUCCUCACUCGCAGUGAGAACACAUCGGCACCUCCUCGCCUCCUCUCUGCUCCACUGCGCCUUGGCGUCUCUCUCUCCCCCUUCACUCUCGCGGCAGCAAUGAGCGCCGCAGCCGCCGCCGCCGAGGCUGAGGCCGAGGCCAUGCUCAAUGCAACCGCGGCCGCGGCUGCAGCCAGCACCGCGAGCUCCACUUCGACCGAGCCCGCCGCCGCCGUGAGCGCCGCUGCCGCUACUCCCGCCGCCUCAUCUUCCACCGCUCCUGUCGCGCCUGCCGCUGCAGCCGCAGCAGCCGCGCCGUCCAUCGACCUGGCCACAGGCCUGGUGCGCGGCCAGAAGCCCAAGUCGCUCCUCGCGCCCGGCGAGGAGCGCUCCUUCCCGGGCGGCGCGGGCAAGACGUACGUCGCCAAGCGCGUGCCCGACGGCCAGUCCUUCACCUGCACCUGCACGCGCUGGGUGUACUCCAAGGAGCCGCGCAGCGCGCGCACCUGCGCACAUCUCGCCACGCUCAACGGCGCCGCGUACGAGUCUGUGCGCCUGGCCGUCGCCAAGGAGACUCUGCCGAGCGUGAAGAACCAGGGCUUUGCGAGCCUGAAGCGCAUGGCCGAGACGGCGGAGAAGCGCAAGGAGCGCGAGGUGGAGGAGGAGAGCUGGGACACGCGCCACUUUGGCAAUGGCUGGAACGGCGUCGACGAUCUGGGCCCGCGCGACGCCCAUGGCGGCAUGCACCUGAUGCUCGGCGACAACUACAAGCUCGACGAUCCCAAGACGCGCCUCGCCGACCCCACCGGAUUCUGGAUGACUGAGAAGCUCGACGGCGUGCGCGCAUGGUGGAACGGCUCGGCGCUGUACUCGCGCGCUGGCAACUGCUGGAAUGCACCGAAGUGGUGGACGGAGAAGCUGCCCAAGGACCUGCAUCUGGACGGCGAGCUCUGGAUCCGUCGUGAUGCCUUUGAGAUGACCAACGGCAUCUGCCAGCGCUCCUCCAAGGAGGCGUGGAAGGAUGUCAACUUCAUGGCCUUUGACGUGACGAACGUGCAGAUGCUCUACGAGGAGCGCAUCAAGCUGCUCGCCGAGCGCCUGCCCAACGGCGUCCUCUCUCCCUCUGCCGUGCAGGCGCGCGAGAAGGGCAUGCAUGUCUGCGUGCUGCCGAUGGUGCAGUGCAGAGACAACGAACACUGCAGAGAGGAGCUGCAUCGCGUAGAGGAGCAGGGCGGCGAAGGCCUGAUGCUGCGCAAGCCGAAGAGCAAGUAUGAAUGCAGAGGCCCGGGAAGGUCAAAGGUCAUCUGGAAGGUCAAGAGCUGGUACGACGCAGAGGCCAUCGUCGUGGGCCACUCGUACGGCACGGAGAAGAACAAGCGCGUCAUGGGCAACAUCAUCGUGCAGAUGGAGAAUGGCCGCGAGCUGGAGAUUGGCAGCGGCUUUACGGAUGAACAGCGCGCCAUGUGGGAGCCCAAGAAGGGCACGGUGGUGCGGUACCGCUUCCAAGAGCUGCUGCAGGACGGCACGCCUCGCUUCCCCAUUUUCGAAGGCUGCCCCGUCGACAAGUUUGAGGCGAAAGAUGCCAUCGUCCGCAGCACGCGUCUGCGCGCCUCGGGCAUCAACAAGCCGCAGUACGCCGUGGCCAAGGAGGCCAAUCCGUACGGCAGCGAGUCGUCGGCCAAGCGCCGCAGAUACUGAGCUUGCCCUGAGGUGCUGGCCAGCUCUCUCUUCCCUUUCUCGUUUCUCACUAGCCUGUGCUCGCCUUUCCUGGCUCGGCCCAUCAUUCCCUUCGCGACACACCAUCAUCAUCAUUCCCGCCUCGUCACCACACAACAUCACGUCGGUCACCUUCACGCUCUGUCAUCUCUCUUCAAGCCAUGUCAUUUGCACGCUCU